AUGCAUCCCAAGAUUUUGCCUUUGAUGGCUACUUUCACCAUUUUCGCCACCUUUCUUCUCACUUUAGUCCAGACCGAGGAGCAGCAUAUUGUUCUAAUGGACUUCAAUGUCAUGCCAAAAGCCUUUCAAACUCCACGCCACUGGCACCUAGCCUCUUUGUCGUCGAUUUCGCAGUCAGAAUACCCUGCCUCCAAGCUAAUCUACUCCUACUCCAACGUCAUCAACGGAUUUUGUGCUUCCCUCACCGACUCGGAGCUCGAAUCAAUGAAAGCUUCUCCAGUCUUCCUCCACUCGAUUCACAACUCACCAGUCAAAUUCGACACCACGCACUCGACCGACUUCCUGGGACUCACCGCCGUUUCCUCUCCCGCUUGGGAGUCGUCCAAUUACGGGGAAGGGAUGAUCAUCGGGGUCGUUGACACGGGCGCCUGGCCGGAGAGCGACAGCUGCGGUGACCACGGGAUGGGUCCAGCCCCGGCGAGGUGGAAAGGGCAGUGUCACUUCAACAACGGCUCGCUCUGUAACAACAAGCUUGUUGGAGCGCGCGUCUUCAACAAUUCCCUGAUCGUAGCCAACAUCAGUAUGCUCUGCAGCGACUCUCCCCGCGACUGCGACGGACACGGGACCCACACGUCCAGCACCGCAGCCGGUAGCUUCGUGGACCGUGCCUCCUAUUUCGGCUACGCUCGUGGAACGGCGAAGGGGACCGCUCCUAAGGCCCACGUCGCCGUCUACAAGGCGUUGUUCGGCGAAUACUCUUCCCCGUGUGACGCCGUCGCCGCAAUCGAUCAAGCAGUUGCUGACGGCGUGGAUGUACUGUCCAUAUCGUUUGGCUACGAUCACAUCCCGCUGCACGAGGACCCAAUCGCCGUCGCAACAUUCGCGGCCGUACAGCGGAAUGUAUUCGUCGCCACGUCAGCCGGGAAUGCCGGCACGGACCUUGGGGCCCUCCACAACGGGAUUCCCUGGGUCCUCACCGUCGCUGCCGGAACAAUUGACCGCCGAUUCCGGGCGCGGCUCAAAAUCGGAAACGGAUUCUCGGUUUUCGGGUCGUCUCUGUACCCGGGAACCACUCCACCAACGAAUCCCCGCCUCAACAAUUCCGGCGCCGUCGGGGGAGUAUUCGUAACCAAUGUCACCGAAUCGCUCCUCGAAGAAUUGAUCCAGAUUUCAGUGCCGGCAAUUUUCAUAACCACGGAGGACGGGCAGAAUGUGGAGAACUACUUGAGGAGCCACCCGGCAGCGAAAGGGAGCUUAGAAUUGGGGCUCACCAGCUUUGACUUGAGCCCAGCGCCUACGCUCGCGAGUUACAGCUCCCGAGGCCCAUCACACAGUUGCCCGUUGGUUCUGAAGCCCGACAUAGUUGGGCCCGGAUCAUUGAUACUCGCGGCCUGGCCCUCCAACAUCAAGCCCAAUGAGAACAGCCCGAAUUCUUUACACACCGAGUUCAACCUUUUGUCCGGCACUUCAAUGUCGUGCCCACAUCUCGCCGGAGUGGGAGCGCUCAUCAAGAAGGCGCACCCGGAGUGGAGCCCUGCCGCGAUUCGAUCGGCGAUGAUGACGACGGCGGAUUCGCUCGAUCUCUCCAAUCGGCCGAUCAAAGAUGCGGGCAAAAGUGAACGCACGUCCACAGCUUUUGUAAUCGGGGCGGGUCACGUCAACCCCAACAAGGCGCUAGACCCCGGUCUAGUCUACGACGCCGGCGCGAUCGAUUAUGUCAACUUGCUGUGCGGAAUGAAUUUCACCGCUAAGCAAAUUCGAGCCAUCACACGAUCGUCCACAACCAACCUCUGCUCUGCACCAACUCUCGACCUCAAUUAUCUGUUACGGACUACGUACGAGUAG